GUUUAUUUUGAUGGUUCCACCUGCAGGCGGGGACGAAAUACAGGGUUUGAAAAAAGGUAUUGUUGAAGUUUCUGAUCUGGUGGUUGUCAACAAAGAUGAUGGUGCCUUUGAAAAUGCUGCUAGAGAAGCAGUUAUUGAGUAUACUAGUGCCUUAAAAUAUCUUCGGCACAGUACAACGUUUUGGGCACCUAAGGUUACUAGUGUGUCUUCAAAAACAAGUAAGGGAGUGGAUAAUGUAUGGAAUACUAUCCUCGAAUACUUCAACGUAAUGAAGAGCUCUGGCGAAUUACAAAGAAGGCGUGGAAAUCAACGAAAAUUAUGGAUGUGGCGCCAAAUAACAUCAGAACUUCUGAAUAGAUUGAACUCGGACGAUUCUAUUAAAAAACUUGUUAAUGUAUUAGAAAAAGAUGUAUUUGAUGGGAAAAUGACAUCUGGUACAGCUGCAGACCAUGUUGUUGAUGUUUUUACUCAUAAACAUAUGCAAGAUUCAAACCAUG